AUGGAGAAGUCGGAGCUGCCUCUAUCAUCUUUGUCUGGCUUUCCCUCAUUGGGAGAGUCUAGUAAGGCCCCGCUUCACCCGCCGGUACCAGGGGGGGCCUGGGGUCUAAGGGCAGCAGCUGCAAAGAUGGCCGAGGCCACAGAGGCGCACAAGCCCUCAGAGAGCCCAAAGCCAUUAAAAGAGGAGGAACGGCAGAACCCCGUCGCAGGAUCUGGAGGGGAGCCCGCAGGAAGUAGUGCCACGCAGCGGGCCGCUUCUCCUCGCAGCCCUAAAACUAUUUCAACUUGUGCAGAGGCACCAGCGCAUGACGCUAAUGAUGAAGGAACGGAUGAAGAGAAUCACGAAUCUGCGAGCGGCUCUCAUGGCGAUGUUAGCGGAGAGGAAGAUGCCUCUGGAGGUGCCCCGGAAGAGCCAGGAGGAGAGUGGGCUCAGCAAGGAUCCCCCAAUUGGAACAAGGUGGAUUCGCCAGAGAGCAGUGAGGCAUCUUUGCGGCAUUUUCUUGCUCCGCUAUCUCGUGAGCAGCUGCUAGACUUGCUUUCUUGGGCGGCUUUGCGGGACAGAGCGGUGUAUCAGCACUGCGCGGAUCGCGUGCAUGCUUCCCCAUCAUCAAGGCGUCUGAUGGUUCGCAACGUUCAUUUUAAUACCAGCGAUGAGAGGUUUACUUCCUUCUUUGAGACAUUUGGCUGCGUCGAUGAUGCUUUAAUUGUGCGGGAAAGAGACGGGCACAGCCGAGGCUACGGGUUCGUGACCUUCGCCUUCCCAGAAGGCGUUAAUCGCUGCUUCGUGGCAUGCCCACUCACUCUGGAUGGUCGCCAGUUGCAUAUAAAGCUGGCUGCAGACCUCUUCACGUCGAGGGAGCAGACGAAGCUCUUUGUCCGGAACCUGCAUGAUCAAACAACAGCCGAGACUUUGCGCGAAAUCUUCAGCCCCUUUGGUACCCUUGAGGAAUGCGUGGUCGUUCGGGACGCUGAAGGCCGCAGCAAGGGAUACGGCUUCUUGAACUUCUCCACGCCAAUGGAAGCCUUUAAGGCAGUGCAGAUGAGCGAGAGAAUCAUUGAUGGGCGGAUGGUUUUCAUCCACUUCGCUUCCUCCUCGGCUAAGGGAGGCUCCAAAGCGGGGGCGCAUGCGGCCCGCAGCAACAUACAGCCUACGCACAGCGGCAGCAAGCAGAACAGCAUGCCCAGUCAGAGGCGGACGGCAGCUCCAGGCGGAGCAGCAGGAGGCUUUUCCCUGAGGGUCCCGCCUAUGCACCCUGGCGCUGCAUGCCACAACUGGGAAUACGCAGAGGGGCCGCACGAGCCACGCCAGAGGCAUCGAAAGACCGGAGCUGAUCACCAGCGAGGGAGCUACAUCAGCCCGCAUCGCGUCCCCAUCGGACGAUGCAUGGGGGGCUCAGCAGGCGACCCUCUUGUCUAUCCUGAUGGAGCUUUCGGUGACUUGUAUGGCUUCUCGCUGCCCCCAUUCCCCUUCCUCACGCCAUCGCAAGCUCCAGACGUGAAGAGCCCGCUAUCGGCAGCUUACGCACAAUUCUACUCGUAUCCGGUGGGGCCCUACUAUCCCUUGGCCCCCGACGGUCAACCACCCUAUGGGGCCCACACUGUCACGAAGUAG